AUGCUGCCGCGCACGCACUCCCACCAGGCGCGGCGGCGCUCCGGCCUGGGCCCGCAGCUCUGCGCCGCCGCGGCCGCGCUCCUGCUGCUCCUCUCCCUCGCCGUCCUCCACUCGCGCCUCUCCUCCUCGUCCUCCUCCCGCUUCCCCACAUCCGCCUCCCGCUCCCGCUCCUCCACGCCCGCCGCCGACAACAACUCCUCCGCUCUACUCGCCGACGAGGAGGACGAGGACGUGGCCGCCGCGCUCGACCCGCUGCUCACCGUCGCCACCACCACCACCGCCGCCACCGAGGGCGAUUCUCUCGCCAACCCCGACGACGACCGCAUCGAUGAGCUCGACGUGUUGGACGAGGACGCCGCGGGCGCCGACGCGGCCGACUCCGCCUCCGCCUCUACGGCGGGGGCCGCCACGCCCCUCGUCUGGGACCACGUCGCCGGCGCCGCGCGCCUGCCGUUCCGCCUCCCCGCCUCCGGCGAAUCCCUGCCCGCGGGGCUGCCGCGCCUCGACUCCCCGCGCCGGAUAGCUGCCGCGGCCUUCGGAUCGGACGAUGAGCUGGUGGAUCUGGAACUGCGGGUCGAGAUCUCGUCCAUCGCCGGUAUCGAGGACGCGCUGCUCCUGAAGCCCGCCUCUGGUAAGGCUGCCGAGACGCGGCUCCGUUCCGGGUGGGCGAGCUGGCUGGAGGGGAAGGCCGACUACCUACGGCGCGAUCGGAUGCUCCGCUCCAACCUGGAGUCCCUCAAUCCGCGCAACCACCCGCUGCUCCAGGAUCCGGACAGCCCUGGCCUCACCUCUCUCACCAAAGGCGACCGCAUGGUGCAGCGAAUGCUACUGGCCGAGCUCGACAAGCCCGCGUCCAAGAGCUUGGAGCGGCGUAGGCUUCUAUCUUACGAGAACAAGCAGAGCAUGGGAACUGUGAAGGAGAAGCCGCAGAAGGGAAGGAGGUGGGGAUAUUUCCCGGGGAUUGAUCCACAUUUGGGAUUCUCAGAGUUUAUGGAGGGGUUCUUCGAGCAUGGGAAGUGCUCCAUGAAGGUGUUCAUGGUGUGGAACAGCCCGCAGUGGGCGUAUGGCAUCAGGCACCAGAGGGGACUGGAGAGUCUGCUCAAGCAGCACCCAGAUGCCUGUGUAGUCAUGCUAUCGGAGACACUGGAGCUAGAAUCCUUCCAGCAUUUCGUCAAGGAAGGAUAUAAAGUUGCUGUUGUGGUACCGAAUCUUGAUGAACUUUUAGAAAGCACUCCAACCCAUGUAUUUGCAUCAGUGUGGUUUGAAUGGCGGCAGACAAAAUAUCACCAUUUGCACUACAGUGAGCUAGUACGCCUUGCUGCUCUUUACAAAUAUGGUGGAAUAUACCUUGACUCUGAUGUUAUUGUACUUAAACCUUUAACAUCGCUCUGGAAUUCAAUUGGUGCCACAAAUCAUGUCUCUGGAAAUUCCAGUUUUGGUGCUGCUGUGUUAGCAUUUGAAAAACAGAGCCCUUUAUUGGAGGAGUGCCUUAAGGAAUUUUAUUCGACAUAUGAUGAUACCCUCGUGCAGUGGAAUGGGGCUGAACUUAUGACAAGAGUGAUAAGCAACCUUUCUAGCAAAGCAGAUGAAAAUAGGGGGCAUCUUGACAUUAAGUUGGAGCCCUCAGUUAAAUUUUACCCUAUAAGCUCUACUGAUAUUAUACGAUAUUUCUCAGAGCCAGAUAACAUGGUCCAAAAAGCACAUCAUGAUGCAAUCUUUUCUAGGAUCGUGAAUGACUCUAUCACUUUCCAUUUUUGGAAUGGCAUCACAUCUGCACUGGUGCCUGAACCCAGCAGUCUUGUUUCGAAAAUCCUUGACCGUUACUGCAUCCGUUGCCUUGAUGUUUUAUAG